UUCCCCGAACGCCGAAGCAAUCAAAGCGCCGAAUCCGCGCCCACCAACAGCCGACGCGACAACAGCGCGCCGACUGGGCAAAGAAGGAACCCCGCGCGAGGGUCGCCUGCGCGAGGGUUCGAGCCCCAAAGCAGUUUCUGACAGGAGGGCCGAGAUAUCGACACAGACCAGCUCCCGCGUCUGCGAAAGAUGCGUGCAGCAAGCCGGACUUCGGCACACGUGAGUUCCGUGCCGGUUCUAGGAUACUACUUGAACAAUUGCGCGCUAGCUUCCACCUGUCUUGGAGCCCGGCGUAUACGGUGAGGAUAAGGAAUCCUCCAGGGUCUGAAGCCUGCUGGGCACACUCCUUCACAAGCGCCCCCUCCGUGCCCGGAUAUCAGAGCACCUAUAAGAGAGAUACACACAUCGAGUGGAGACGCCUAGCGCGCUACAAGCGUGCCAACAAACCAGCAACGGAACGACAUGGCAUCUCAGGUCGGGGGCAUUGUGAACACGCUGGCCACCGGCACCUCGAAGACUGCGCUGAGCCGCUCGUCCCGCGAAGAGCUGCCUACGAAGGCCGUGAAACUACGGUCAAUGCGGUGCCAGCCGUCCGAGCAGUCUGGUGGCGCCGACGUGGGGGGUGGCCGUCGUGGUGGCGGGCGCCAGAGUGACUAGGGCCGUCGUGUUGGCGCAUCUUGCGCACUUGUAAGCAAGCGCAACGCUUGCUCUCGCCGAUGCGGGAAAAGCAGAAGAUGUCGAACUCGUUGCGGGCACAGCCAGAGGUCUCACCGUGCUUGCUGUGAAUUGUGGCCACACCAACACUCCUGCUCCCACUGCCGGCCAACAAAAACACUCAAAACCCUCACACUCGGCAGCACAGAAGUCGAAGUCGCCGAUGCCCGCGAACAUUUCAAACCUUGGAUCAUCCACAUCAUCCGCAAAGCAGCCCACGUAUUCGGCGUCAGAAGGAGAGGCUGCCUCGUACACGCAAUUCUCGUUGCCGCCGAUGUCCGCUGCCUCGCAGGCACAACCUGAGGCCUCGCCGUGCUUGCCGCAACUGUUCCCGCAGAAGCACUAUUGCUUCCCCUGCCUUCCGAAGAAGCUGAAGCCCUGGCACUGCUGCGCGCAGCAGUCGAAGCCCCUGCUCCUCUCUGUACUGGCAAGUCCCUGUCCUCGGCGCGGUCAGCAAGGCAACCGAGGAAGCGAGGGCCGGCUGCGGGUGCGACGUCGUCGAUCGGCCGGGGCCCCCGCUGCGCGGCGGGCUGCCGUCGCCACGGCCUGCGGGGCACUCGAGGCAGUGGAAGACAGCGAUGGGCGACUGGCAGGCGUCGCCACGCCGCAGCCAGCACACUCCUGAGGAACCUCGGCUCUGAUCUGCUGCGUGGCCUGAUCUGGCGGCAGCCCACCGCCGUCCGGACCCGCCAGCACGUCCGUCCGCGAGCCGCAGCUGCAGCAGCCCUGUCGCCGCAGCACGCCCGCUGGUCGCAGCAAGGCCUGUCCUCGCAGUCCUACCGGAUGGACAAAGUUCCGCGCGGAGAGCCGAAGGUGACAACCUCGCUCUGGCCAGACUCCAGCGACGAAGCUCGUGUGAAGCAACGCAGGACUCGGCGGGGCUCGCCUGAGCAAGCGGGGGACUGGAGGUAGAGCUACACCGGCUCUGGUUACCCCCCUUGGCACUGCUCGAUAUGUUCUGGACGCGCACCUGCAUGAUUACUGCACUUCAUUCGAAUGCAGCAUCCUUGCCGAUCAAAUUGUGCCAGCCAAGAAACAAGCCGUCGUCUAAGAAGCAAGUCUGAUCCCCACAGGCGGACACGCCAUCUGACUCCUUCACAGGAAACAUCACGGGCAACUUCGCUGAUGGAUUCAUAACUCCGAAGAGUACGUCGGCGAAGGCAUUGCCAGUUUCCUGUCUGCCCACAAACAAGCUCAAAACAACUGCAGCGUAUUCCCUGAAGUUCGUCAAGAUCGAGCCGGUGCUCGUCGUGAGAACCUCCAGCGGGACCUGCGUCUCGUUGGCGCUCCUGGAGGCGAGCUCCAUCAAGAACUCGUGCUGGUUGAGCUUCAGAGACACCCUGUCGUUAUCCUCGCCCGAUAUCCCACCGCCACACGCGAUUACGGAGUCAGGCUGGGAACGAGGGAUGGCCAUCCACGGAUUCUGUGAAGGAGCCGCCGAGCCGCGCCCCCUGGGCGUCGAGCUUCGAGGCCAAACCUUCGCGGAUUGAGGCAGUCCUUGGCGAAAACACGCGGCCCGAGCCACCAACAACACAAUAGUCACUCGGGCUCCAGAACAUGUUCUCUGGGCUUGCCUCCUGCUGAAGGUCGCAAGCAUGACCAAGCAAAACUACUCGGGAGACAUCACGAAGCGGAAGAAGGCAGCCGUCGUUCUUCAAUAGGACUAGAGAUGCCCCCGUGAACUCACGAGCUAGCUCGACCUUCUCUUCUGUUGUUACAUCGAUGUGAAGCGUUGAAUUGCAAGUGCUGUCCAAACCUGGGGGGCAUAUUUGCCAGUUCCAAGCUUGCGCGCUAAUCAUUCCAAGAAGGAUUCGUCGGAACCGUUCGUUCACCCUGUCCUCGCCAGAGCUCUGGAGAUCGUCCAUGUCAGGAAAAGGCGAGUUCCCAGAUGGAUUGCUUCCUGGCAUGACCUGACACACUCCGCUGAAAGUCCCUUUGACAUGUUCUUCACCGCCCACCAGUCAGACAUAACCCAGCCAGUGAAAUCCAUUCGAUCUUUGAGGUCGCCUUGCAACAGCCAAUUGUUUUCACAAGAGUGGUCUCCGUUCACCCCGGUGUAGGAGCACAUCACAGAGGCCAAGCAAGCCUCGACGCCCGCCUGAAAGGCAGGGUAGUGCACCUCCCAACGGACGCGCUCAGGAGCGACGUUGUUGUAGGUGCCGCGGUUCGUCUCCUGGGUGCUCAUGACAAAAAAGCUUUGCGACGCAAGCUAUGCCCUCGCCCUGCAUGCCGCCCACGUAUGCCUUCGAAUCCGCGGCGCCGAGGAAAUGGUCCUCACCGAUGAUGCUCUCCCUGUUCCGACCACCCCGCAUCACGCGCGCGAUGUCAACGCCCGGUCCGAGGACCACGUGGACACCCCGGGGCCCGGAACUCGGCGCCAAUCGCCCCCACGCGCAUCCCUGCCCAGGAGCGACUGGUCCCGCGCGGCGGCCAUGCUCAGACCAGAUGGCCACGAGGGCACGGUGCCAACGAACUCGGGCUCGAAGGUCCGAAACCCCUGGCCGGCGCCCUGCAUGUUCGUGGAGGGGAUGCUCAGCCUUGGCACACCGACAGCGGUGCCGGCAUAGAAGCCGUCCCUCGGCUCCCACACGUUCCAGCCCAAACCCAGGCCGAUCAUGAGCUGGGACUUCUCUUCUCAGCUCGUGUCCUCUGCCGGGAUCUCGGCGGCAGCGGUCGGAUCUGGGCCGUAGGCCUUGCACCACACGUCACCCUCUCUGCUCUGCACCGCCUCAGCAGCACCUGCACCAAGGCCAUUACGUCUGGUGUGCUCGGCUGCGGCAGUCUGAAGCAAGCGGGCGUCGUCAUCGGUGUCGCGGGUAUCCGCUGCAAGGGUGAACGAGAAAUUGCCGUGUUCGGCGGGACCUCGCCAGCAGCCAGUGGAUGUCUCCAAGGCCCAGGUCGCUCCCAGUCGCAAGGCAAGUAAGAGGAGGUUCAGCAUCGACAUGCCGGGCAAUUCGGCCAAGUCCCACACUUGAAUCAGAAUGGCUACGAGUGCCAAUUGGGCCUCAUUGGGGG